UACUUUUAAAGUGAAAAUUUACUAAUUUAUUAGUUAUCCUUUAACGUUUAUAUUUAAUUUAACAUUUCAUUUUCGACAGGAAGGAGUGUGAGUUUGUACGGAAAUUUCCUAAGAUGACGAAUACGAGUAUUUCCUCAAAGGAUGUUGCUAUCACUUGUUAUACUUAGGAAUACAUAUUUUAAACUUGAUACCAUUUUAUACGGGUAGGAAUUUUUAUUACGUUUACAAUAUAAAAAGAAGAAAAAAUAGUGUAAAAAGAUUACAUAAAUUUAUCUUUAGAUUUGGUGAAUGGUGUUAGAAUAUUGAAGAACAGUAGGAGCUAAAUAUAUGCCAGCGCUGUUUUAUAAACAUCAAGAGUAUAUGUGGACAUUCUGUAAGGUAUACAAAGAACAGGAAUAGUUUCUUAGUGGUAAUACACAAGAGUAAUGUGAACGGAAUAAAACGUUUGUAGUUACUACCUACCUAUCACAAAAAAAGUAUUCAAUUCCUAAACUUUUUCUAAAAUUUCAUAUGAAUUCAUUUUAAUGAAAUAAUUUUUAAGUGUUUGAUUUAUCUUUCAGGCCUUGUAUUCUGAUAAAAGUGAUUAAAGAAAAAUAUAUAACGAUGUCUUUACUAAAUAAAAAAUUGUUUGAAAGACUAUCCGGUCGUAGUUCACAAGGGGAAUCAAGAAAAAGUGACAAAGACAAAACACCGUCUAUCGUUGUUAAUUAUGAGAACAACGAGGAUGAUAUAUGGAUGGAUGAAAUAGAUAAAAAAAGUAUCUCUUCUGAGGAAACAUCGGAAGCUGUAAUGUGUCAUAUUCGUCAACGACCAAUGAAUCAACAACAAUUAUGGACUAAAGAUGAAAUUACUUUAGCACUGUCUAAUCUUCCAGCAGGGGAGGUAGCUCUUGCUACAAUUCCUACAUUGUAUGGUAGCAUUUUGCAAAAAACAUUAGAGGAAUUAAAAGAUUUACAUCUUAGAAAAUUACAUACGGAUUAUAAAAGAACGUGCAGUUUCACAAACGGAUGUAUAAAGAAAACUAUUUUAAUAUCCGAAAAUAAUACAGCAGCAACAGCAAAACCUACAGAAUUGUUAGUAAAAUGGCCAGAAACGUGUCUUCUCGUCGCAUGUUGGGUUGGCCAUUUUGAAAUAGUUAAAAUAUUAUUAGAAAAGAAUGUAAACAUCUCUUGUACGGAUGAAGAUGGAAGGACUCCACUACAUUUAGCAGCUAGUGCUGCAUUUGUAAGAAUACUAGAAGAGUUAUUAUCAUUUGGUGCAGAUCCUUGCGAAUGGGAUUUCAAUAAAAAAUGCACACCUUUGCAUUGUGCUGCUGCAGUUGGAAAUGUUGAUUGCAUUAAAUCUUUGAUAAAAGCUAAAGCAGAUGUAGAUGCUGGAUUUCCAGGAAAAACUCCCCUUCAUUAUGCAGUACUAAGUAAUGCAGUAGACAGUGCUGAAGUUUUGCUACAGGCUGGUGCACAUCCUAAUAAUCCACAAGUUUAUACUGAGACACCGUUACAUGUAGCAGCUAGUCUUGGAUCUGUUCCUUGCAUGAAACUUCUAUUAAGUUAUGGUGCUGAUGUAAGAGUUCAAUUGGGCACUGCUAGAUCAACACCAAUUCAUUUAGCAGCUGAAGAAGGUAGUGCAGAAUGUACUAAAUUGUUAGUGAAUGCUGGUGCUUCAUGCGAUGCUAAAAAUUCAAAGGGCCAAACGGCAAUGCAUUUAGCUGCAUUAGCUCAAUCUUCGGAAACUUUGGAAGUGCUUAUUAAUGCAGGUGCAACAGUAAACGUCGAAGAUAUCGAUGGAAGAACACCAUUACAUGCAGCAGUUGCAAAAUCGUUAAGAGCAACUGAAUUAGUAAAAACUUUGAUUCAGGCUGGAGCAUUGGUUAAUAAGCCUGAUAAAUAUGGUUAUACUCCGCUACAUAUAGCAGCAUUAAAUGAAAAUUCAUCGACAGUAAUGAUGUUAUUAUCAAAAGGUGCAGAUGUUACUGCCAGAACUAAAGGUGGUAUUUCAGCAUUAAGUUUUAUUAUUCGAAGAACACCAGAUAUUUUGCCACGUUUUGUUACAAGACUGGAUCAAGCUAUAUCUUUAUAUGAUCAUGAAUUAGGAGACGUUGAUUGUGAAUUGAGAUUAGAUUUUAGACCCUUAGUGCCAGGAGGAAAAGGAGAAACGGAUUUAAUGCUCUGUUUAAUAGAAGUUGGUCAAGGACAUAUUUUAAAGCAUCCGUUAUGCGAAAGUUUUCUUUACUUGAAAUGGUUGAGAAUACGUAAAUUUUUCCUAUUUAGUUUAAUCUUUCAUUCUAUUUUUGUUAUAUUUUUUACAGGCUAUAUUGCUGUUACAUAUUUAUGGAAUAUUGAAAAUUUUAGCAAAAUAUUAUUUUGGCCAAUAUUAACUUACACGUGUAUUCUUAUAAUCAAAGAAUUAUUUCAAAUUGCUCAUGAUGUAUGUUCUUAUGUUAAACGUUGGGAAAAUUGGUUACAAUGGUGUGUAAUUUUAACAUCAUGUUGCGUUUUAAUUAAACCUAUUAAUAAUUGGCAACAUCAUGUUGCAGCUUUAGGAAUUUUAUUAAUAUGGAUUGAAUUAAUGAUAGUUGUGGGAAGAUUUCCAAUGUUCGGGCUUUAUAUUCAAAUGUUUACUCAAGUGUCAAUAAAUUUUUUUAAAUUUCUUGGUGCUUACAUUUGUCUUAUAAUAGGAUUCUCUCUAGGAUUUUGUGUUUUACAUAAAAAUUAUAAAUCUUUUGAAAAUCCAUUAAUAGGUUUACUCAAAACGAUUAUAAUGAUGUCUGGAGAGUUAGAAUUUGAAGACGUAUAUUUUGACAAAGAAUUUAAAGUUUUAUAUACCGGUACAUCGCAUUUAAUGCUUUUAAGUUUUGUUAUUCUUGUGACUGUAAUCUUAACAAAUCUAAUGGUCGGUCUAGCUGUAUCAGAUAUACAAGAAUUGAGAAGAUGUGCCGGACUCGAUAGAUUGGUACGUAGAGCUGAGCUUGUAUCAUAUCUAGAGGGAAUGUUAUUUUCUAAGAUAUUAAAUUAUGCACCUAAGAAUCUAAUAAGAACAUUUAGACGUGGAGCUAUGCUUUUGCAUCCUCCAUAUCAUUGUGCAAUUCAGAUUCGUCCUAAUGAUCCAAGAGAAAAACGUUUACCCAGAGAUUUGUUAAAAGCUAUAUAUCGUUUGGUAUGCGAAAGAAAAGUUAGAAAUACAACCAAUAGAGGUACAUUUACGCAAAGUGUAAGUGCAUUGGAAUCUGAUUAUGUAAAAUUCAAUCGACUUCAAAGUACUAAUUCAUCGACAGAAUAUAAUCAACAACAAUUAAAUGAAUUAGCGAAUGAAUUGAAAAGAUGUUCGUAUAACAUUACAAUGCGUUUAAACAGUCUUACCAAUAAAGUAGAGAAUAUUGCUAAAGAUUUGGAUAUAUCAGUAAGUUAGUAAGUAAAAUGACAAAGUUAUUAGAAAAUGUAUUUUUGAUAAUAAUUAUUUUUAAGAAACUAGUAAAUAAAAAUGUAAUUAAAUAUAAAUU